GUUCGCCCCGCUGCUCUGCACCGAUUGCAUUGAUGGCUGUCCUGUCGCCGCAAACUCCUUAGAAGUACUCUUCGGAGCCGCCUGCAUGCAGCUUUUAUGUACUAUACUAUUUAUUGAUCUCGUGGAUCGCUACAAAAACUGCAACAGGGUGCUGAUGAUGAAUAAGAGACGUCUUCCUGCAUGCAAAACAUGAGCUCGUCACUGUCCCACCCCAUCCUUUAACCAAUGGCAACUUCCGUCCAGACUCUUCCCCUGACCCGUGACCCCAGUAAGAACUUCCGUGACCGUUUCCCCACUAGACCCCUGUCCGCCCGUUGCAGGAUGGGAAGUGUAGGCAGUUUAGUGGAGCGCCCAGAUGUGUCCCCUACCAAAGGCAACCGUGCCGUGCCCCAGGUGAGGCCGAGGCAGACCAACAGACUCCUGAAGAAGGGCUUCAAUCAGAGAGAGCUACUCAACUACCUCAACAUCACCAGAAAAGAGCCAAAAGCGAGCGCAGGCAGUGGCAGUAAAAAUGACGUUAUCUCUGGCCAGGAGGAGGAGAAUACUUAUGCUAAAGUCUACCACAAGGAUGACACCGUGGUAGAUGUGGGAAAGAACCCACUGCCUAUUGGUGGAAAGUACGAAAAGUCUCGUUUUAGGCCUUCAGCAUUCAAGCCUGUCACCCCCAAAAACUUCAGCUCCAUGCAAAACCUCUACCCCUCUUCCAAGAUGGAUGACACGGACCAUGGCCUUUCCAAUGGGCUCCAUAGGGCGUAUGCACACAAUCCCAAACCUGUCUCCUCCUCCUCUUCUUCCUCUUCACCCUCCCGUCAUGGGGGACAAACAUCCAAUGGCAAUAAGACUUCCUCCUCAGUGCGUGGGAUGAUCCAGGAGGAUGAUAACCUGUCAGACUCAGGUCAUAACUCCAUGAACAGCUUGCCGCCUUAUCGACCUCCCUUCCGCCCACACCUGGCUCAUAUUAGUGCAUCUAUGGGCCACAUCAAUACAAUUGGCUCCUUGGACCGUGCCUCUCUUGGGCCAAAGGCUGUAGUUCCAGGGGGUGCAGCCAUGGGGGAGAUGGCUACGUCUUGUCGGAGCAUGGCUACACUGACCCGUCUUGCCCCGUACGGUGGGGAGGCUCCACCUCCUUAUGAAAUGAUGCUCUCCCUCUCUGUUGAGGAAGUGGUUCGGGACCUGGAGGAACGCCUGGUGGAGAAAGAGCAUGAGCUGAAACAGAUGAGGAGGAACCUAGAUGAGAGCGAGGGUGCCAUUGUUCAGGUGUUUGAAGGGAAACAGCGCCUCUGGGAGAAGGAAGUGGAGGAGCUGAAACGCCUGUACGCCGCCAAGCUGCGCCAGGUCUCCCAGCAUGCUCAGCGCUCCCAGCGGAGCCUACAGCUGCAGCUGUACAAGGCCCAGCAAGAGAAGAACCGUCUGCAAGGAGAGCUCGAUGGCCUCAAGAGGGAGGGGAGCAAGGAAGCAGGGACCGGGGAAAAGGGAAUCAGUCCAACCCUGGAGGAGACCCAGUGGGAGGUCUGCCAGAAGUCAGGGGAGAUAUCCUUGUUGAAGCAGCAGCUGCGAGACUCCCAAGCAGAGGUGACCCAUAAGCUGAGUGAGAUCUUCCAGCUCAAGACUCAGCUCAGGGAAACCCGCUCCGAACUCCGCAGCCGAGAGGGGCAAAUCGACAAGCUAAAGCUGGCCCUACAGGGCACAAUGCAACGCAGAUACCCCUCUCAGACAGCCCAUGACGACAGCAGAGGGGCUGAGGAGAGUAGCUCAGGUGGGGCAACAGGAGGAUGCGGGGGCACUACAGAGGAGCGUCUACGUGCGGAGCUCCUGUUGGAGCGACGCCAGAGCGAGGCUCAGGCCAUGGCUUUUGACGAGGAGAGGAGGACGUGGCAGACAGAAAAGGACAAGGUCAUCCGCUACCAGAAGGAGCUGCAGGCCAACUACCUGGAAAUGUACCACCGCAACGAAGCACUGGAGCGAGAACUGUUCCAGCUGCAAGCAUGGAGAGAGAGAGGAGGAGGGGUAGGGGAUGAAGGAGGAGGAGGAGGAGACAGCAGGAACGGAGCAUUGGAAAGGGAAGUGCCGGAGCUGAGGAGCGGAGAAGAGAAAGACGAGAACCGGCCUCCCUCCGUUCUGCCAUGGAUAGAACGGAUCGAGUCCUCUGAGAUCUGAC